GCCCGGCCGUCGCCGCGGUGAUUAUCCUCGCCGCCCCGCGGCUCGCGCCCCGCCUCCGUGCCCGCCGCCCCCUCCCCGGUCGCGCGCUGGGGGGUGCUGCUCGCUCCUCCGGAGCUCCCGCUGCGCUCGCCGCCGCUCCUCCUCUCCCAGGCGCGGGCUUCCCUUGCGCUGCGGCCGCCGCUACCUCUGCGGGCUGCAUGGGGAGGAGGAGGAGGAGGAUGUGAAGAUGGCGGAGCUGCAGAUGCUGCUGGAAGAGGAAAUCCCGGGGGGCCGCCGGGCCCUCUUCGACAGCUACACGAAUCUGGAGCGGGUGGCCGACUACUGCGAGAACAACUACAUUCAGUCAGCAGAUAAGCAGCGUGCCCUAGAAGAAACCAAAGCCUACACCACCCAAUCCUUAGCAAGUGUUGCCUAUCUUAUAAACACCUUGGCCAACAAUGUCCUACAGAUGCUGGAUAUCCAGGCAUCCCAGUUACGAAGGAUGGAAUCUUCAAUCAAUCAUAUUUCACAAACAGUUGAUAUUCAUAAAGAGAAAGUUGCAAGAAGAGAAAUUGGUAUUUUGACCACCAAUAAAAACACUUCAAGAACACAUAAGAUUAUUGCUCCAGCUAACCUUGAGCGACCUGUUCGUUAUAUUCGAAAACCUAUUGACUACACAAUUCUAGAUGACAUUGGACAUGGAGUAAAGUGGUUGCUUAGAUUUAAGGUGAGUACCCAGAAUAUGAAGAUGGGUGGGCUGCCACGUACAACACCUCCAACUCAGAAACCCCCAAGUCCUCCUAUGUCAGGGAAGGGGACACUUGGGCGGCACUCCCCCUAUCGCACACUGGAGCCAGUGCGUCCUCCAGUGGUACCAAAUGAUUACGUACCUAGCCCAACCCGUAAUAUGGCUCCCUCGCAGCAGAGCCCUGUGAGGACAGCUUCUGUGAAUCAAAGAAAUCGAACUUACAGCAGCAGUGGGAGUAGUGGAGGAAGCCACCCUAGUAGUCGGAGCAGCAGUCGGGAAAACAGCGGAAGUGGGAGUGUGGGGGUGCCUAUUGCUGUCCCCACUCCGUCUCCUCCCAGCGUCUUUCCAGCCCCUGCUGGCUCUACUGGCACUCCUCCUCUUCCUGCCACUUCUGCAUCUGUCCCUGCCCCUCUUGUUCCUGCUACUGUCCCCUCCUCCACUGCCCCAGAUGCUGCUGCUGGGGGUGCACAGACCCUUGCUGAUGGCUUCACCUCUCCAACUCCCCCUGUUAUUUCUUCCAAUCCCCCUACAGGUCAUCCUGUUCAGUUCUACAGCAUGAAUAGGCCUGCUUCUCGCCAUACACCCCCAACAAUAGGGGGCUCAUUGCCCUAUAGACGCCCUCCUUCCAUAACUUCACAAACAAGCCUUCAGAAUCAGAUGAAUGGAGGACCUUUUUAUAGCCAGAAUCCAGUAUCUCUUGCUCCUCCUCCUCCCUCCAUCCUACAGGUAACGCCUCAGUUACCUUUAAUGGGAUUUGUGGCCAGAGUCCAAGAAAAUAUUUCAGAUACACCACCUCCACCACCACCUGUGGAAGACCCAGUCUUUGAUGAAUCCCCCCCUCCACCGCCUCCUCCAGAAGAUUAUGAGGAGGAAGAAGCAGCUGUGGUUGAAUACAGUGACCCUUAUGCUGAAGAGGACCCACCAUGGGCUCCAAGAUCUUACUUGGAAAAGGUUGUGGCAAUUUAUGAUUAUACAAAAGACAAGGAAGAUGAGCUGUCCUUUCAGGAAGGAGCCAUCAUUUACGUCAUCAAGAAGAACGACGAUGGUUGGUAUGAGGGCGUGAUGAACGGAGUGACAGGUCUCUUCCCUGGGAACUACGUCGAGUCCAUCAUGCACUAUUCUGAGUAAAGCUCAGCACAGCUUCGCUCCCUCCCAGGAAUAGUCAGGUCUUCUCAGAUUACCCAAAGGCCCUGGGGACUUCCCUCUAGUGAAUAGAAUGAAGCAUACAAAGGAUAAAGCUGCUUCCUUUAUUAUUUUUUUGUGUAUCACCCAGUAUUAAAAACAACCCCCCUGCCACAAAGCCAAGUCUGAACAAAUGGGUUUUUUGCCACCAUGUACUAUGCCGAGCUGUCUGGAUUGAAAUAAAGUGACCAUUUCUGAAUUAACAUAUACAUAGCUAGAACAAAUCAGAUUAAGACUGAUUCAGAAAAAAUCUGGGAUCUUUCUCAGGAAUACUGUAUACCUUGGGAUUUCUCUUCCUGCAGGACCUGUGGCAGUAAAUGUUCAUUGCCUGUGCUAAGGAGUUAGCCUCAUGGCCCAGUGGGCACCCUUGCCCCUUACGUUCUUCCACUAGUAUGAACAGGAAGGAACCAGUGUUUAUAUUCCAUACUUAACUAUUUUCAAGUUGUUUCAGGUGGCUUUUCUUUUUACCACAGUAAAUCCUGCAUUUUAUUAGCACUCCUGUGCACCGGAUGAGUUAAUACUGAACUCACCUGCAUCCUGUCAUGUUUGUAGAUUUUAAGGUUGAGGAAAUGUGAAAGUCUCCAAACAUUCCCAGGGUGGUCAGCAAUUGCCACAGUUUGAUUUUAAUGUGCUGCUGCAUGAGACUGCAUUGCCUCUAAUGGCCAGUGUACCAGAUGGGGAAUGUGGUAGGCUGGUUCAUGUCCUGAGGUGGGUGUGAAGCUGGGCACGAAGAUUCCUGAGGCUGUGAAGGGACACAACUGUGGUCCCUUGCCUUAGGUGCUAUUUCAAAGAGUAGGAUCUUAGAAGCCAGACUAUUACUAUUAUUCUCUUACUAUUUAGAAAAAUACUAUUUUUCCUUUGUUUUUAAGAGACUAGUUGCUGCCAAGUCUCUUGAUAGUCACUGGGAAUUAAAGGCUGCUAACUGUGCACUCUGAACGUUCUAUGACCAGUGUUAGCUGCUGCUGAGUCAUUUGUAUUCUCUCAGCUGUAGAUAAAGUAAAUAUUCUCCUGGUUUUUAUGUGACUCUUAAGUAGCUACUCCUGGGAAGAAGUUGAACCUUAUGUCUCAGACUAAGAAUAUAGUGGAAGAUUAAUAGGACAAAUACGUACCCAGAUACACUGAUGAACAAAAUCAGUGUUUUGAAACAGUAACAAAUAUUUUCCCUAGUCUACAACGUUACAGCUUCAAAUUCAGUGGAGUUUGUGGGUCUGGUGGCUUCUGUAAUUAGCAUAAGAGGUAUUGAAAAAAAGAAGUGUGAUUGCCUAGUAGGUGAAUGCCAUGUUAGGCCAGUUCGAGUUUAGGCCCAGAGAUUCAAUGUGUAUUCCUACCAGUCUAGCAAAUUGGUCAGAAAUGAACUUUGUUGUGUAACUUCACCUGUAGGGUGACAGGAAGAGAAGGUAACAGCUGUAUAUAUUUCAUGCAAGCCUUGAACAUGAUAUGGAGAGCAGAUAGAUGAUUUGGCUAAAAAGUUCACAAG